AGGCCCGAAGUCGCUGUCUAAGCGUCACGCACCAGCCGUGACGCUGUAGUUCUAGUUGCUUGGGCCAACUUGUCACCCGGAAUGGAGGAUCCAACAGCCAUCAUGAUCGGAAAAGUGGGGGUGGGUAAGACCACGAUCUUCAACAAGGUUUGCGAUGCCAAUCGUGAUGCCGACAUUACAGACGACUCCUGCACGAGGCAGUUUGUGAGCAAGAAGGUCUUCUAUGAUGGCAUGUCUAUGGUCUUGUAUGAUGGGCCAGGUUGCAACAGCAAAGAAGAUGCCUACGCACAUAGUUUUGUGCUGCGCCACGGUCUGACCUGCGAGCCCCUGAACGGCGUAUUUGUCACAGUGGAGUACAACCCACGCAUCCGCAACAACAUGGGCGGAGAUUUCUAUGAAGUGGCGAAAAUCCUCAAGAAGGAGGCUUACGACCAUAUUGUGGUACUGGUGACAAAGAUGGAUCAGUUCCAUGCUGACUCAAAGUUUCCUACCCGCGCGAGCAUGGAAGCUCACAUCCGCAAGAGCUUUCAGGCAGAUUAUGGAAUGAACCGGGUUGUGUUCUCCAACGCAACGUCGAAUGCUUGGAUGCUUUUUGAUGACAUGAGGAAAGCAAUUGCCAAGCUCCCGAAGGUUCAGCUAAGCUACACAGAUGAAGAGUUCAUGGAGCACUUCGACCUGAAAGCAUGGAAGGGCCGCGAGCAGUUUGAUUUGCAUCGUCUAAAGAAGCACAUCAAGAAGUUGUGUGCACAGUUUGAGGAAGGGCUUCGUCAUUUGGUUGCAACUCGACACAUGCUUUCACCUCAGGAAGUUCAGGAUUACAUUUAUGCGAUCAUCCAGCAAAACCGUAUGGAACUGGAGGAGAAUGUGUACCAGCCCUUCCUCCAUCGCAACGGUGAGAAUGAGAUUGCCUUUGACGACUACGCGGCCAGCAUCGAAUUGCAGAAGUUGAUCCACCGUGCGCAUUCUGAUUUCCGCAACGAAGCCAAAAGGUACCUACUGGUGAACCCCGACAAUACCAACGACUGGCGCAACGCGAUUCGUCGAUGCCAGCACUGCCGCGAAGUCUGGGUCAAGGUGGAAGGAUGUGACGGUGCGACGACGUGUGGAGCGCGUCCAAGCGGGCGUGAUGCUUCAUCAACAGCCUACUAUCGUUUGCUUUGGGAGAGGGUUGAGGGGAAGUUGCGACCUGGCAAGUUCUUGAUGAAGCCACAGACCAGCGACACCAAGAAGACUAACGCAGCGGCCAACCAAAAACCAAUUGGCUGCGGCAAAAGCAUUGUGUGGUCGGACCAGGCAGUUGUACCGCCAUGUCAGCUCGACUGCCUGUUCAGCACCCAGCAGUUGGAAAACAUCUUGAGCUCCUUCAAGAUGGACAAGCAGUUUCAGAUGCUCAAGAACCGAAAGGAGAAAGAAAUUCAACCUUUUGGGGAGUUGGAUGAAAAAGGUCGCGACAAGAAGCAGUAUGCCGGGCGAUCUGCCAACUUGACAAGUGCUCCUGUUGGUGGCUGCUGAGAUUUGCGGUUGGCACACGUAGCUCGUGGAAGUGUGUGACUGGAGGUCACCUUCUGUUCGUGAGGCUUAUGGAUCCGUUAAGUUCCCAAGUUGGAGUUUCUCAAAAGUGAGAUAUCG